AUGCCCAAAACGCCAAACGCCGACGGGACUCCACGGCAUACCGAGAAAAACCAAAAACGCCCCAUUGCAUGGCCCUGGCCCUGCACCACAGGGCGUGUCCAAAGGCCGUUCCUACCGCCCUACAAAGCCGAUCACAUGCGUGCAGCAAGUGCGCAGCGCAGCGCGGGUAACUCGGGCAACGCCGAGACCGCGGCGGGUGUGGCGUCGAAGGUCUGGAUCAGCUUGGCGGGCUGGGAGGGUGUGAUAGUGUAG